AAAAAAAGAACGAAAAAAAAAGAGGAAAAAAUGGGUUCGGUGAGCCGAGCGUGGCUAUGUAAAUCGUCGUCGUUUGUCUUCUUAAUGCCCACACUUUCUUCUUCUACCUCUCAUCUCAGAUUCAAGUCCGUCACAGCCCACACUCCGUCACCCAACCACCACGACCAUCAUAGUAUGGCCACGGAAGCAUCCUCCUCGCCGUCACCGCUCACAAGCGGUGACGCUAUCACUCCUCCUGCUCCAUCAUCAUCAUCAUCUUCUUCUUCGUCUGUUUCCGGUGCGAUUGAUUUUCUCUCUCUCUGUCACCGACUCAAGACGACGAAGAGAGCGGGAUGGGUGAGAAGAGACGUGAAGGAUCCAGAAUCUGUUGCGGAUCAUAUGUAUCGAAUGGGACUCAUGGCUCUCAUUGCUUCGGAUAUUCCCGGUGUCGACCGUGACAGGUGUAUGAAAAUGGCUAUCGUUCAUGAUAUUGCGGAAG